CUCUCUCUCUCUCUCUCUCUCUCUCUCUCUCGUUCGUUCCUCUUCCUCGUCCUUGCUCGAUUCUUGCUUCUUCGUGUUCGGAGAAUUUUGGGGGGCCUUUGAGCCUGUUCGCAUUUACGAUUGCUUUCGGCCUCGGGCAGGAAGCAUCCGAUCUAGAGCUGGCGUGAGCGACACGGAAUCUCCCGUUUCCGGCGACUUCGUACCGAUUCUUUGGGUUUCCCCUAUCCGGAUACUGAUUGUGAGAGUGAUUGGAAUCUGAUGUCAUUUGAAUCAGAUGAAUACAAUGUGCCAAUCAUUUCUUGCGAAACAGGCAACAUCAGUGAAUAUCAACCUGAGCGCUGUAGGUCCUGUCUGGAGAAGUAUGGUCAAGAGGUCUUAACGAUGAAUGGCUUAAGUCCCUACGCCACUCCUCCUCUAAGUCCUAUGUCAAGCUAUGCGAGUUGUUCUUCAAGCUUUGGUGAUAUCUGGACUGGUUUGAAUUUGCAGGGCAGGGAGGACGGAUGUGGUGUUAUAGAUACUGGUGAAAAACAUAGAGGUAAAAGUAUCGAGGCUUCUUUUGCCAGGACCAGUGCAGAUGGCUCUGGACAUCACAUUUUAACUGGAAAAAAUUUAUCAUCCAGUUCAUUAGACAGUAAUGAAGAGGAAAACAAACUUGUCAAUCACAUUCUGGAUGAUGUUCAAGCCAAAAAUGUUGGUCUUGACUCAUUUAAGGCGGAGGAUCUGGUCGACAAUGAUAGUCCUACAAUGUUACCUAAUUUUGAAACUGAUCCUGGCAUCUGGGACCCGCCUGAACCAGAAUGCAUGGAAGAUGACGAGCCCAGCAUUGCCGAUAAUUAUGAAGAUGAUGAAUACGGUAGUGCUGAGUGGAAACAGCCAAGCUCCUUGAGCAUUUUUGAUGAACAUCAAGGGAUCAACCACAGUUUUAGAGAAAAAAAACAAAAGGCAAUGUUGGAAGAAAUGAACAGACAGUUCAAGGUUCUUGUAAGUCGUUUUUUGGCAUCUGAAGGAAUUUCUUUUUCUGGUCUAGACGAUGGUCAGAGUUGGCUAGACAUUGUUGCUUCCUUAUCAUGGAAAGCUGCACUGCUUGUCAAGCCUGAUGCUACUGAAGGAAGGGCAAUGGAUCCUGGAUCCUAUGUGAAGGUGAAAUGUGUUGCAUCUGGUAGCCGGCAUCAGAGUGAGCUGAUCAAGGGUUUAGUUUUCAAAAAGCAUGCUGCCCAUAAACACAUGCCAACCAAGUUCAAAAAUCCUAAACUCCUACUGCUUCAGGGCGCCCUUGGCCAUUCUGCAGUUGGUUUGUCAUCAUUUGAUUCAAUGGGACAGGAAAAGGACUAUUUGAGGUCCCUCGCUGAGAUGAUAGAAGCUUGCCAUCCAAAUGUGGUUCUGGUGGAGAAAAAUAUUUCCCGUGACAUACAAGAAUCUCUUACAGAGAAAGGAAUAACUGUGGUGUCUGAUAUGAAGCUCCAUCGCUUGGAAAGGAUUUCUCUUUGUACUGGUUCUCCUAUCAUUUCUUGUGCCAAUUUUCCGGCAAAAUUGAUACUGCCGCAAUGUGACUCCUUCCAUAUCGAAAGGUUUGUGGAGGAAUGUAACAAUAUUAGUGAAGGUGGAAGGAAGCCAAGCAAAACCUUAAUGUUUCUAGAGGGAUUCUCAAGACCUUUGGGCUGUACAAUACUGCUGAAAGGAGCUCAAAGUGAUGAACUGAAGAAGAUUAAGCAAGUAGUUCAGUAUACAGUCUUUGCAGCAUACAAUUUGAUCCUUGAAACUUCAUUCUUGGCAGAUCAAAGAUUGCUUUUAUCUGAUAAGAAUGCUGUAAGAGAACGAAGUGCAAAUUUUAGGACUAGACCGGUACUCUCAAUUAGUUCUGAUGCUACAAAGUAUUCAGAUAGUCUUGAAGGUUGCCUAUCUACUGUGGCUUCAGAAAAUGCACUAGAUGUUCCCAUAUACAAUGAAUCAUUAGGUAUAAUAAAUGAUACAGCUUUCUCUGCCUCCCAAGAUACAUCAUUAAAUUCUGAACUUCUACAUACGCUUUCUGACAAAUCCAGCAGCAUUGGCAUGCUUAUGUUAUUGUCACCUCUUCAACCUCAGCUAUUGUUAUCACCUCUCUCUGCCUCCCAAGAAAAAUUCCAAGGAGUCAAUUUUCAACCCCUCAAAUCUAACCAUGAAUCUUCACGCUUUUUCAUGAAUAACAGACCUUUUGAUGGUCCAAGUAUUGGCCCCCAUGCGUUGUUGGAUGUAUCCGAUCAUGAAAACCCAGUAAGUUCUGAUGUUAGUGAAGAAAAGAUAGAUGAAGUUCUUUAUUUUAAAAAGACUGGACCAGCUAGAGAUUCAACUCAAGGUAUUGACACUGAUGCUUGUAGCACUGUUGAAAGCAAACCUCAGGAUGAUAUGGAGAGUGUAUUAAAUUCCCAGAGCAUUGUAGUUUUGCUUUCUAAACAGUGUACAAUAAAAGGAGUCAUUUGCAGACAUAGCCAUCUUUCUCGCAUAAGAUAUUAUGGGCACUUUGAUGUAUCACUUGGACGAUUUCUGAGAGACAUUUUGCUUAAUCAGAAGAGUUGUUCUUCUUGUGGUAAACCACCAGAAGCACAUAUGUACUCUUACACCCAUCAGAAUGGGAACCUAAGUGUGCAUGUCAGGAAACUUCCUCCGAUGUUACAUUUGCCAGGUGAAGCUGAAGGAAAAAUUUGGAUGUGGACCCGUUGUUUGAGAUGUAAGGAUGGAAGUGGGAUUUCCACAAGGAGGGUGGUCUUGUCUAGUUCAGCACGUUAUCUUUCAUUUGGGAAGUUUUUGGAGCUCAGCUUUUCAUGCCAUUCUGUGGCUAGACUAUCAGAAUGUGGACAUAUGCUGCACAGGGAUUUUCUUCGGUUUUUUGGAUUAGGAUCCAAGGUGGCAGUGUUUGUUUAUUCAUCAGUUAAGAUCUAUGCUGCUUGUAAGCCACCACCAGUCUUGGACAUCAAUAAUCCAAAAAGACAAGAGUGGCUCAGGAGAGAAAUGGAAAUUCUUCUUUAUCGAGGACGCGGAUUAUUCUCCGAAGUUUCAAACUUGUUGCAGAACUUGAAGCCUAUAUAUUCUGGCACACUUGCAAAACAAUGCGCGGAAGUUUCAGGUUCACUCAAAAACUUAUCUGAAGUUGAAGAGGUGCUGAUACAGGAAAAGGCUGAAUUUGAGGCUCCUUUGCUGAAGGCAGUAGAUCAUAGUGGACAAAUUGAGAUCACUCCUCAUGAGAUUCUUGGACUGAAGUGGCUAUACCAGGAGCUCCUUUUUGAGUUGUAUGUUUGGGACUGCCGUUUGGGUCGCCUUUUGCAGCAUACAAAUUUUCAACAAGGGAAAGAUAUACUUGUACAUGAUGAUGAAGUCCCCAAGCUGCCUAGUCAUGAAGAUGAACCACCCCGUUUCACUGGUAGCCAUCAUGCUCAAGACAUGAAUAUUAAUCUUGAUAUAGAAUCAACAGAAGCUUCCAUCGUAACAAGCCAUAGCUACUAUAAGCUUCUUGAUAUUGGACCUGUUGAGGUGGAGCGGUCAACUGAUCUGCCAUCACCUUCUGAAGGUAAGCAGAGUUGUCAGGUAGUAUGUGUACCUAUAUCUGGUGAUCUACAAUUCGACCACUCUAUACAAAUUGUAGAGGAACCAUAUAUUGAAAAGAAAACUGAUGUUGAGCUUAAAAAGGAUGAGAAAGUUGCUGGUGGUGAAAUACUUGCUGCAUCACUGUCGAACGAGCAUUCGAACAUUUUAGAUGGCAUUUAUGCAAAAUCAGAAGGUCCAGAAGAAAUGAUCUGGGCUUCAUUUUCUGAUCUGAAAAGAGAAUACAGAAGGGACCUCCAUAGUGGUUCAUUACAUAAGUUUGAAUUUGUUAAUACCUAUAGUCCAUCUCACCUGUCUCCAAUUUACCAGCCAUCUAGUGGUGAAAUGGACUUGUUGCACUAUUCAGUUGGUCCUAACGGUACCAUUAUGUCUGCUUCCAAGGAUGAGAUAUCAAGCAUAAUUGCAUGUGGACUAGCUAUAUUAGAAGAUCAGCAUGGCUUGUUAGACAGGGUUGGAAAAGAAUCAGGGGAGAUACAUAAAUCUUAUAGCUUGACAUCUGUGAAUUCUGAAAUUUGUACAUAUUGGUCUUCUGUUGGAUAUUCAGAGUCUGGAAUCAAUUUGUCACGUGGUGCUUCCUCACUUUCAUUUGAUGAGUCAUCUACCUCCAUUUCUGAUGGUUCAUUAUCUGUUAAUCAACUGCUACCUUCAGAAAAUCUGCAUCCUGAAGUCACUGUGGGAAUAGAGAAGGUUUCUGGGAAAAGUAUAUUCUCAGUAGUUUGCAUAUAUGCAAAGCAAUUCUAUAAACUUAGAAAGAAAUAUUGUCCUUCUGAACUUUCCUACAUAUGUUCCCUAAGCCGUUGCAAGAAGUGGGAUGCUCAAGGUGGGAAGAGUAAAGCUUUUUUUGCGAAGUCACUGGAUGACAGAUUCAUAAUUAAACAAAUCAAGAGGACAGAACUGGAUUCCUUCUUAAAAUUUGGUCCUGAUUAUUUUAAGCAUGUUUUUCACUCACUAGAUUCAGGGAGCGAUACUUGUCUCGCAAAGAUCAUGGGAGUAUAUCAGGUCCAGCAAAACAUUGGUGGCAAGGAAAUCAAAACUGAUCUUAUGGUGAUGGAAAAUCUACUUUAUGGGCAUAAAAUUUCUCGAACAUAUGAUCUCAAGGGCACUGUCUUUUCUCGGUACAUUCCAGAUGCAAAGCAUGGUGAAAAAGUUCUUUUGGAUCAGAACUUCGUGGAGGACAUGGAUAAAUCUCCCAUUUAUGUUAGUGGGAAGACUAAACAUCUUCUGCAACGUGCCAUUUGGAACGAUACAUCUUUUCUUACUUCUAUAAAUGUCAUGGACUAUUCUUUACUCGUUGGAGUGGAUGAUGAGCGACAAGAGCUUGUGUUUGGAAUUAUAGAUUAUUUGAGGCAGUAUACCUGGGACAAACAGCUUGAGACUUGGGUGAAAGCUUCAAUGGUUGUUCCUAAGAAUGAACUGCCAACCGUUAUUUCUCCAAAGGAGUACAAGAAAAGGUUUAGGAAGUUUAUGGCCAGAUAUUUUUUGGCAGUUCCUCUUAGCUGGAACUGUGAUCACUGUUCACCCUCAUGCAUAUUCUGUGUUGAUAGCAAGAGGAAUUCAGCUAAAAUACACAAUGCAGAGCUGCCAGAACAGUCAUAACAUGUUUUCAGCCACUACUGAAGAUCCUAUUAUACCCACCUUAUACUGUAAAACUUGAAUUUAUUUCUGAUUCUUUGUUGUACUUGUUCUCAUAGUAUUGUACAUCCUUGUUGCUUGGUCCCUGGACCCCCAAUAUUUGCAAUUUUUUUAGCAAAUUCGUGGGUUAAGUUAGGCCCAUAAUCUGUACUCAUAUAUUUUGUCUAAUUUUCAAUUAUUUACGGCAGUCA